GAGUGUGGAGCGAAACAUUCAGUACAGUUUUUAUUUUUGCCUAUAGUUGUUUUCUGCCCUCUCCCCCUCACUUGACAAAAAGAAAAUAGAUUAUCAGCGUGCCGUUGCAGAAAUAUUAACGGCGAGCAUAAACUGUUGCAGUACUAAAAAUUCCUGCCACUCAGAAUAGUGGGAUAAGAGCCAGCCUAUGUAUUUUACAGGUUCCCGAAACCUCCACCACGAACGCCACUUGCUUGUUUUCUGGCAGUACGAACAGGUACGAGCAUGGCGUGAGUUAACUUGUUGACAUUUUUUUCACAUUUGGGUUUCGCGAAGAAGGCCCGGUGCACGUCAGUUCAAAUCAAAGUAAGACAGAAAAAAAAAACUUACUCUCGAAACUUGUUUGUUCGGCGUUAAUAGUUUUCUUUUCGAAUUGCUCAUUGAAACUGCAUCGAAUCUAAAGACUACACCAGCAACAGUGUAUUAAUGUUCUUUUAGAAUAAGGCACCAUUUUCAAAACCAACUGUUGAAUGGUAGGUAGUAAAAACGGUAGACGUAAUAAUAUGUACUCUAGUGUCCAGGUACUGCUUUGAGAAGCAUUAUUUUAAUAUCUUUUGCCUUUUUUUAAAGUCUGUGUUUGUCUAAUAGCAACUUUCUUUUUUUUUAUUUGGCUUGAGAAUAAGGAUGGAUUCUGAAACUAUACCAAGUGAUAUACUGCCAGCAUCCAGAACAAAGUUCCAUCAUGGGACUUCGUUUAAUCUCUCAUUCACCGAUCUAAGUUACAGUGUGGGGAAAGGGAACAAAACCAAAAAGGUUUUACACAAUAUUAGUGGCACUUUCAAGUCUGGCCAGUUAACAGCUAUUUUAGGGCCAUCAGGAGCAGGAAAAACAUCCCUCAUGAACAUUCUGGCUGGCUUAAAGAAAAGUGGGAUAGAAGGCCAAAUCUUUGUCAAUGGUGCACAACGAGAAUUCGAAACAUUCCGGAAAGAGUCAGCCUACGUCACUCAAAAGGACCACCUGUUGACAAAUCUCACCGUCGAUGAGUAUUUUAUUGCUGCUGCUCAUCUAAAAUUAGGCAACAAUGUUUCUAACAAAGAAAAGAUUUCUACUAUAAAGGAUAUUUUAAAGACAUUAGGGUUGACGGGUAGCCAAUAUAAACGUGUCUCCUGCUUGUCUGGUGGUGAGCGUAAGCGAUUAUCUAUUGGAUUAGAAUUGAUUGAUAACCCAUCCAUCUUAUUUCUGGACGAACCAACCAGUGGUUUGGACAGUUCUUCAAGUUUGCAAUGCGUUGCUCUGCUGCGUAAAAUCGCUAGAAGUGGCAGAACGGUGGUCGCCACCAUCCAUCAACCAAGCUCUCGAUUGCUGAGCCAUUUCGAUCACCUCUAUCUUGUCGCCAGUGGAUCAUGCAUCUAUCAAGGACCUGUCGGAUCAUUAGUUUCAUACCUAAAGGUUAUGGAUUUAAAUUGCCCCAGUUAUCACAAUCCAGCGGAUUUCGCACUGGAUGUGGCUUCUGGAGAAUACGGCGAAGUGCUAGAAAAAUUGAUUUCUGGUAUUGAAAAUGGUCGCAAUAGUUACCACGAUGGUUCAGGGUCCACGUCAUCUGCUUCGCCGCGCAAUAGUCAUGAUGCUGGAGUCUCCGAAGAAGACGAAGAACAAGUUACCAUGUUGGAGGGUCUUCCCAAAACAAAGAAAGCAUAUAGAGUCCUUGACGCAGUGCCUUUUUAUAUGCAAGUGAAAGUUCUCCUUGGAAGGACUUGGAAGACCAUUUGGAGAGAGAAGAUCCUUACGGCGAUGCGGCUUGCCCUUCACGUUGUUGUUGCUAUGCUGGUAGGCCUGUUGUAUUGGCAGAUCGGGGAUGACGCUGCCGUGAUAUUCAACAACGUUGGUUUAGUCUUCUUCAAUAUGCUAUUUAUAAUGGCGGCAGCCAUGAUGCCAACCGUCCUGACUUUCACUUUGGAUAUGGAAGUACUGAUUCGAGAACAUUUGAAUCAGUGGUACAGCCUUAAAGCGUAUUAUCUCGCCAAGACGUUAGCCGAUAUUCCGUUCCAGAUCAUCUUCCCAAUCGUGUAUUUGGUCCCUGUUUACUUCAUGACCAACCAACCGAUGAGCCUGGAACGUUUCGGCUUACUGCUAGUUAUUAUGAUCUGGAUGUCGCUGGUAGGACAAGGACUUGGUCUGUUUUUCGGCGCUACAUUCGAUAUCCAAUCGGCCUCUUUUUUAGCUGCCACUAGUACCGUUCCCAUAUUUCUUCUAUCGGGAUUUUUCGUCACGUUUGAUGCAAUACCUUCCCCUCUGCGUUGGUUAACUUAUUUCAGUUUUGCUCGCUACGGUUUCGAAGGCUCCAUGUUGUCCAUUUACGCCUACGACCGCGCUCCGCUAGCAUGUUCAGAUUCUUAUUGCCAUUUCCGAUUCCCUCAGAAAUUCCUGGAACAGUUUGAUUUAACACAAAGUUCGUACUCUUGGUCCAUUGUCGGUCUCAUGGUCAACUACAUUUUAGUCCGAAUGGCUGGUUAUUUGGCCUUACUUUUCAAGUUGAGGCACGUUCGUUGAUUCUCGCCGCACCGUUUGUCUCCUGUUGAAUAAUUAGCACAAUCAAUGCAAAACUCACAUUUCUAGUUAGAAUAAUUAACAGUUAUAAAUUUAAUGGGUUAAAUGGUUGAAUAUUUUCCGUUUCUUGUUGUCCUGUCAAGAAGAUGUCAAAAUAAUUUUUUCUCUAAACUGCCAAAACUUACUCUUUGUGAUACCAUUCCAUUGUGGAAACCUAAACGAUGAAAACAUGAUCGUUAGGUGAAACAUUAACCCACUUCAAAACACUGCUGCCGUCGUACCUAUUUGGCAGAUUUAUUUCUAUAACAAAAAAUACAUUGAGUUGAGAAACAUUGGUACACUUCUAUUUAACUAUGGGUGUGACGUUUGAUUACUUACGUAUUUCGUACUUACGAACGCUGUCGAUGGUCUUGUGUCAAACAACAAUUUUUUUUUUAAUACAACGAUUAUAACAAAAGGGAAUAGCAGGGUAACAAUUAAAAUAACAAGAAUAUUCAACGCAUACUCUUGAGCUUGAAGCUCAAGGCAAAAUAACCAGUCACGCGUACGGCGAGGAAAAAGACCAACAUACCGACCACUGACCAGUAAUACGAGCUGUCGGCCAUGUUG